UUUAGCGAUGACGAAAGACGUGGAUGGACGGGCUGCGCUCGACGUUCGAAUGAAUUUCGGGUAGAGUCGCGCAAUUAAUUCGACGGGUGCUGAGUUCAAGCGCGACUCACAGCAUUACCAUGUGACAUAAAGAUAAAACGGGACAAUCGCAUCGAGCGUGAUGCUGAUGGAUAACGCGGAAAUGCACGACUCUAGAGUGCCAUCCACGCUGCCAUCUUGAAUCAGCUGUCAAGCAGACGAUACGCAGAAGUAUCACUCCUUUGAGUACCUUCUUAUCACCAAAUAGAUGCUUCAAGUGUUCAAUACUUGGUCUUGGAUGUGAUCUUGAUCUUUAGUAAAGAACUAUUCACUAAGUAUGAUCACGUAACCAGCUCGUUUAGAAGAAGAAGAUUCAGUAUGGUCUUCAGAUUGUUGUGAGCAAUGUAUUUUUAGAAUACGUUACAAAUAUGAUAUAGCUGAUAAAUAAGAAUGUUUACGCUAUAUUAGCCGGUCUCCACGGGGACAUGGAAAUAUCUGAAGGCGAUGUACAAGAUAUAAGAAAUCAGUCAACAAAUUUGAUCUCAGUGUACGUCAAACGGGAGAACAAUGAACCCCAGAAAGAUCUCAAUGAAGUGGAGAUAGUCACAGCAGCGCAACACUUUUGUGCUAUUGAGAUCAAGGAGACCAAGAGCUACAGUAUAACCAAUGAGAUAAUUAAUAAAAGUCACUGCGUGCGAAAUGAAACGACUGAAUCGAAUACGGCGAAUUCUACUUUAGGUAAUAUACAGGGUGGCGCCAUUACUAACGUACUAACGGAUCCAAUUUACCUGGACACUUUGGACUCUGACUCCAUCGAUAUCGAGUUUCAAAAACCGACGGAGGUGUUCAUUAGGAAUGACGAGCAGAUACAGACGUCUAAUUACAACAUCUCCACAGUGACAAUACCCAACGAGCUUCUAGACGGGCUUAAUCUCAACAUAAAGAGAGAGGAGAGCAUAGGCCAUGGUACAUUGUACACCGCCGAGUGGUUGAGCGAUAGCGACAAUGACGCCAGCAUACGUCUGAGAGUUUUAAAGGAUACUAAGCAGAAUAUACAGAUUCCCAUUGACGUUGAUACUAGCAUAAUCACGAUAACGAAACGCAGGGGCCAAUUAACAGACGCCAGAAACAUUCUGGAGGAGGAGAAGACCAAGGUAUCCAAGAAGUCUAAGAAACACGUCCGACUAAAGUCCGUCGGACAGGAUUACAGAGACAGAUUGAGAAAAAAGGCUGAGUGCAUGAGAGAGAAACGGAGGAAACUGUACGAACAAGAGAGCGAGGAGCAACGUUUACAGAGAUUGGCGAAGGAAGCGGCGAAAAGGCGCGAAAUGAGAAUGUAUUACGAGACACCUGAGCAACGAAGGAAGAGGCUCGACGCAGAAGCAGCGAGAAAACGGGAGUAUAGGAUGUAUAACGAGACACCAGAGGACAGGAGAAAGAGAUUGGAUCGCGAAGCCGAGAGAAGAAGAGUCAAGAGAUUGUCUAUGUACGCAAGCGAAACUCCCGAACAGAGGAGGGAAAGAUUGAACAAAGAAUCGGCAAAGAGACGGGAAGCUCGACUGAAUCAGUACGCCAAGGAGACAGAGGAGGAAAGGAAAGAGAGAUUGCGCAGAGACGCUUUGAGGGCCAGGGAAAUGAGAUUCACCAGGUCCGCUAUUGAGACAGAAGAUGAGCGUAGACAAAGAUUAGUGAAAGACGCUCUCAGAAAGAGGGAGGUGAGGACGCAUGGGGGUCAUCCAGUGAACAAUAACUUCACAGAACUGCGAACUGUUCGCAAUUUUCAAGAACUGAACGACGUGCAGAUUAGGGACAAUCCAGAAAAUCAAUUGGAUGGUCAUUAUUUAAGUUGGAUGCUUAGGUAAUGAAGCUAAGCAAGACACCGGACACGCGCUAACACAACCAGUUUACAGUGGAGAACUGCAAUAAUGGUGGAAUUGCAUUGCACAGCGUAAUAGAUAACGCAUAUUGCUCGCGACAUGUUCCUUCUGUGAACGUUCCUCCUUGCAGGACUUCCUUACGUGAAUGACGCCGAUAAUAGCGAUCAAUUUAAAUAUGCUUUCAUAUAUGCUUCCAGCACACAGUUCCCGAAUGUGGAGUGGCAAAACUGUAAUAACUAGAUUUACCGCUAUGCCAAUGUACUAUCGAUAACAUGUAUAAGAUUUACAAUAGCAAUAGCGAGUUAAAUUUGUUAGGGCUAUUUUAUAAUAUUUAUAUAAACAUCGAGCGCGCGCAAAUAAUAACGCUGUUUUAUCGGUGUUGCGGAAGAUCAAUGUAAUUAAUUUACAAGUAUGUUAAAAGAUAUUGACAACAGACAAUUCAAGAAAGAGAAGAUCCAACGUAAUCAGUAUUUGCAGAACAUUUAAUGAUGCGAUGAUUACUUGAAUACCUAAAGCUGUUCUUGUCGUACAUAUAUUAUAGUGGUGGAGAACACCCUUUCAAGUAAGUUAUUCUAACACACCCACACACACAAGUGACUUACUCUGACACAAAGUGUAAAUGCGAAAAUAAACUUUGCCAUACUUCAAUGCAAUGCAAAAAUGGAAAUUGUAUAUUACAAGAAAGAAAGAAAAAAAAGAACAAGAGAAGCAA